AUGAUUCCGUUGGCCGAGUUCAAGCAGUUCACGGAACAGCAGCCCGCCUUCAAGGUGCUCAAACCCUGGUGGGACGUGCUGGCGGAGUACCUCACCGUGGCUAUGCUCAUGAUCGGGGUCUUUGGCUGCACGCUGCAGGUGACCCAGGACAAGAUCAUCUGUCUGCCCAGUCACGAACUCAGGGAGAAUUUAUCCGAGGCCCCAUGCCAGCAACUGCUGCCACGGGGGGUCUCCGAGGAGAUGGGGGGCCUCCGGGAGGUCAGCGGCCUCAAGAACAACCUGGACCUACAGCAGUACAGCUUCAUUAACCAGCUCUGCUACGAGACAGCCCUCCACUGGUAUGCCAAAUACUUCCCCUACCUGGUCGUCAUUCACACGCUCAUCUUCAUGGUCUGCACCAGCUUCUGGUUCAAGUUCCCUGGCACCAGCUCCAAGAUCGAGCACUUCAUCUCCAUUCUGGGCAAGUGUUUCGACUCACCGUGGACCACGCGGGCCCUGUCCGAGGUCUCUGGGGAGAACCACAAGGGCGCCACCGCGGGACGGGCGACAGCGACCAUGGAGGCCUCCGCAGGGCCAGGGAAAGCAAGUGAGGGUGAGAAGGAAAAGGUGCUGGUGGAGCCUGAGAAGGUGGUCACUGAGCCACCGGCCGUCACCCUAUUGGAUAAGAAGGAGGGUGAACAGGCCAAAGCCCUGUUUGAGAAGGUCAAGAAGUUCCGUGUGCACGUGGAGGAGGGAGACAUCUUGUAUACCAUGUACAUCCGGCAAACGGUGCUCAAAGUCUGCAAGUUCUUUGCCAUCCUGGUCUACAACCUGGUCUACGUGGAGAAGAUCAGUUUCCUGGUGGCCUGCAGGGUAGAGACCUCGGAGGUCACAGGCUAUGCCAGUUUCUGCUGCAAUCACACCAAGGCCCACCUCUUCUCCAAGCUGGCUUUCUGCUACAUCUCCUUUGUGUGCGUCUACGGGCUAACCUGUCUUUACACGCUCUACUGGCUCUUCCAUCGGCCCCUCAAGGAGUACUCCUUCCGUUCGGUGCGGGAGGAGACCGGCAUGGGUGACAUACCGGACGUCAAGAAUGACUUUGCUUUCAUGCUACACCUCAUCGACCAGUAUGACUCGCUCUACUCCAAGCGCUUUGCUGUCUUCCUCUCUGAAGUCAGUGAGAGCCGCCUGAAGCAGCUCAACCUGAACCACGAGUGGACGCCUGAGAAGCUGCGGCAGAAGCUGCAGCGCAACGCCCGGGGCCAGCUCGAGCUGGCCCUCUGCAUGCUCCCGGGGCUGCCCGACACCGUCUUCGAGCUCAGCGAGGUGGAGGCGCUCCGGCUGGAGGCCAUCUGUGAUAUCACUUUCCCCCCGGGCCUCUCACAGCUGGUGAACCUGCAGGAGCUCAGCCUGCUCCACUCGCCCGCCAGGCUGCCCUUCUCCCUGCAGAUCUUUCUGCGGGACCGCCUGAAGGUCAUCCGGGUCAAGUGUGAGGAGCUCCGCGAGGUGCCCCUGUGGGUGUUCGGGCUGCGCGGCCUGGAGGAGCUGCACCUUGAGGGGCUCUUCCCCCCGGAGCUGGCUCGGGCGGCGACCCUCGAGAGCCUCCGGGAGCUGAAGCAGCUCAAGGUGCUGUCUCUGCGGAGCAAUGCCAGCAAGGUGCCAGCCAGCGUGACUGACGUGGCCGGGCAUCUGCAGCGGCUCAGUCUGCACAACGAUGGGGCCCGCCUGCUGGCCCUUAACAGCCUCAAGAAGCUGGCGGUGCUGCGGGAGCUCGAGCUGGUGGCCUGCGGGCUGGAGCGCAUCCCCCAUGCCAUCUUCAGCCUGGGCGCGCUGCAGGAACUCGACCUCAAAGACAACCACUUGCGGUCCAUUGAGGAGAUCCUCAGCUUCCAGCACUGUCGCAAGCUGGUCACGCUCAGGCUGUGGCACAACCAGAUCGCCUAUGUCCCCGAGCACGUGCGUAAGCUCCGGGGACUCGAGCAGCUCUACCUCAGCCACAACAAGCUGGAGACCCUGCCCAGCCAGCUGGGCAUGUGCUCUGGCCUCCGCCUGCUGGACAUCUCCCACAAUGGGCUCCGCUCCCUGCCACCUGAGCUGGGCCUCCUCCAGAACCUGCAGCACCUGGCUCUGUCCUACAAUGCCCUGGAGGCCCUGCCCGACGAGCUCUUCUUCUGCCGCAAGCUGCGGACGUUGCUCCUGGGCUACAACCACCUGAGCCAGCUCUCGCCCCAGGUGGGGGCGCUCAGAGCCCUCAGCCGCCUGGAGCUCAAGGGCAACCGCUUGGAGGGCCUGCCAGAAGAGCUUGGCAACUGUGCGGGGCUCAAGAAAGCGGGGCUCCUGGUGGAGGACACCCUUUACGAGGGCCUGCCGGCAGAGGUGCGGGAAAAGCUGGAGGAGGAAUGA